AUGUCCAUGGCACUCUUUACAGAUGAGCUUCUUUUCUCAUUUAUGGUCCCCUUGCUUCCUUACAUCUUUGCGCAGCGUAUCCACGUUGAAGAAUCUCGUGUGCAAGCAUACACAUCAAUAUUCUUAUUCGAAGGCGCUUUAGUCGCCAUCAUAACCAGCCCAUUGAUUGGACAUGUUGCCGACCGCGCAAAGUCCAAGAAGGCCUUGCUCCUCGGCAUGCUAAUGCUGACACUUGCCAGCGUCUGUGGUCUUGCGCUUACAACGUCGUUGGCUGGGCUCUUUAUCGGUCGAUUCUUCCAGUGUUUCACCAGCAACGGACUCUGGAUUGUGGGGGUCGCAACGAUGGUCGAGGGUGUGGGGAGUGAGCACAUGGGCAAGAUCGCAGGGCUAACCUCAACUUUGACUGCGGCGGGGACAUGUGCAGGUCCAUUGCUAGCCGGAGUCCUCUUCGGGCUUGGAGGGUACUGGCCUGCGUGGAUUGGCCCAGCUGUGUUCCUGGUCGUGGAUAUUCUAAUGCGUGUUUUGUUGAUUGAUCGUCCCAAAGCACCACGAGAGGGUCUCCCAGAUCAAACUUCUGAUGAUGGAAUCGAAGCUACGGAGGAUUCCCGUUUGCUGGGUGGACCUCCGGUUGCAGGUCAAGUCGAAGAAGCAACAGGAUGGCGGUUCUACGCUCAUCUGUUUCGCCAGCCGCGCUUCGCCACAGGUAUCAUUUGCUACACAGCGUAUGCGCUGUACAUCGCCAGCUUCCAGGCUACCAUCCCCUUGCACUCAUCCGACACAUUCAACUGGGGCGUUUUCCCAGCCGGGCUUCUCCUCGCCGCUGUUCAAGGCCCGGGGAUGGUCCUGGCUCCGCUAAUUGGAUACUGGAAAGACCGCUGGGGACCGCGGUUCCCAACAACGAUUGCGUUCUUCUUAAUGGUACCGUUCCUUCUGCUGUCGGGCGCAGCGGGUGAUGAUCGCUUUCCUUGGUUUACUGGCGGAACCAAAGGCAAGGUCACUUAUAUUUGCGCCUUGGCCACGACGGGGUGUCUUAUGUCUUUACUGAGUGGAGUCGGGGCAAUGGAAGCGACUGAGGCUGUUGAUAAGUCAGAAGAAGAUCACCCGGGCAUCUUCGGAAUAUAUGGAGGCUACUCUCGAGCUGUCGCCAUUACGAGCAUGAGUUGGACCACGGGUCUGUUGGUUGGGCCCGUCUUAGCAGGGUUCGUGGUGGAGAGAUUUGGUUAUUUCGAACUCCAGUCUGUUCUGGCGACUAUCUCGAUCGCCUGUGGCAUAAGUGCGGCGCUUUAUCUCAGUCCCGUCGCUCCUAACUCACGGGUUGCCGAGGGGAAUGAGGAGGAUAUGCAUCACAAUCAGGACUCCAGUUAA